ACCAACUGCUGUCAACUUCAUAUAAAAAAAACGCUUUGACAGCACUUGGUGCACUACCGGUGCACCACCAGAAUGAAAACGAAUAUGGCAUUAGUAAGUAGGCGAGAAGAGCGCGGUGAGGUUCAGUGAAUGUGUUUGUAAACAUCGGAAAAUUUGUUCGAGCUGAGGGCUUUGUUGAUAAACAAACUCCACGAACUCCAUAGUAGCCAAAUCAAAAUGGCUGAAUCGGGAGUUUCCAUACGGAGAAAAAAGAAGAAGGAGAAUCGGGAGUUUCUCAUAUCGUUACACCUCCUAUAUAUACACAACUUGGACUAUUCUGCAGCAGCUGAAAAUCAUAAUAAAUCAGGUACUUAGGAAAAUAAUGAUUUGGGCUAAGAAUCCAUUAUCGGGUUUCUUCUUUUAAAAAAAGGGAUACGUGGUCGACAACAUUUGGUUGUUUUAAAUAACGUUCAAAAUGGUACGGAUUCGGCGGAAGUUUGUUUUUAUCCUGACCGGGAUAACAUUGUUCGCUUUUUUGGUGCUGUAUGCCAUUCUGAACUAUUCCAUUCCAUCGGAAAAACCGAACAAACAUUUUGUCAUGCUAGAGGAUAAAAUCAAAAAGCUUGAAAAUGGUCUCAACCGGCAUUGGCAGGAAUUUGGCGAAAUUAAGCAACAAAUUGAUUCCAUUCGUCAACAUCCGGAUGAGUAUGGUGGUGAUGAAUCGCGGCGCUUGGACAAAGUACCGGCAGUCGCUGCCCCGCAUCUUGGUAAUAGAGAGAUGAUCAAAGAUUCGGUUAUCAGUGCCAAUAGGGACACUGGGGGAAUAUGCUCGCUGCGCACGGAUGUAGUUCCUCAAACAGAUAUCCAGAUGUUGGAACUUUAUGAGCGAAUGGCAUUUGACAAUGUGGACGGAGGCGCAUGGAAGCAGGGCUGGCAAGUUAGCUACGAUGAAACAAACUGGAACUCCCAUCACAAACUGAAAGUUUUUGUGGUGCCGCAUUCCCAUAACGACCCCGGGUGGAUUUACACCUUCAAUGACUACUACGAGCGGCAGACUAAGAUGAUCUUUGCCAACAUGCUGCGACACCUUGACGAAAACCCAGGAAUGAAGUUUAUCUGGGCUGAGAUAAGCUAUUUCGCGCAGUGGUACGAUCAUCUGGUUGCCGAAGACAGAAAUACUGUUAAAAAGUUGAUAAAAAAUCGCCAGCUUGAAUUUGUGACGGGUGGUUGGGUUAUGCCAGAUGAGGCAAACUCCCACUGGUACUCGAUGUUGCUGCAGCUCACCGAGGGCCAAAGCUAUCUGAAAGCACACCUUAACGUUACACCAACAUCCUCUUGGUCGAUUGAUCCCUUUGGCCAGUCGGCUACUAUGCCGUACAUUUUGAAGCAAAGUGGUUUUGACAACCUGCUCAUUCAAAGAACACAUUAUAUUGUGAAGAAAAAUUUUGCCAUGAAGAAACACUUGGAAUUCCGUUGGCGUCAGCUAUGGGAUACGCGGGGCGAAACGGAUCUAUUGACCCAUAUGAUGCCAUUCUAUUCGUACGAUAUUCCGCACACGUGUGGGCCAGACCCGAAGGUAUGUUGCCAGUUUGAUUUCAAGCGUUUGCCAAACUUUGGCUUGUACUGCCCUUGGAAGAUUCCUCCUUCACCAAUAACGGAUGAAAACGUAGCCAAAAAAGCUGAGCUUAUAGUUGAUCAGUGGCGCAAGAAAUCAGUUCUAUAUAAUACCAGGAAUGUACUGAUACCACUAGGGGAUGAUUUUAGAUACACUCAAAGUAGAGAAUGGGAAGCGCAAAGAGUAAACUAUGAAAAAUUGUUUGAUUAUAUCAAUAACGAACAUUCGCUGAACGUUGAAGCGCGGUUUGCAACCCUCCAGGAAUAUUUUGACUCUAUAAGAUCCAGUUUUGAACUAGACCAUUUCCCUUCAUUGAGCGGAGACUUUUUCACGUAUGCUGAUAUUAAUAACGAUUACUGGAGUGGCUAUUUCACGUCCCGGCCGUUUCACAAACGGCAGGAUCGGAUUCUACUGAACUAUGUUCGCAGUGCGGAGAUGUUGCAUGCCUGGAACCAUUGGAGUUCGGAGGCUGAGGAAGAACUCGGUUCUCGUUUGGAGAAUGCUCGACGCCAAUUGUCGUUGUUCCAGCAUCAUGAUGGCAUUACCGGUACAGCUACUGCCCAUGUGAUGGAGGACUAUGCUGAUCGCAUGGCCAAGGCACUCGAAGACUGCAAAUUUGUAAUGCAACAGGCCGUUUAUAGAUUAUUAACGAAAUCAGAAGUCUACGAAGGAGAUCCUAAAUUUCAUUAUCUGGCAAUAGACGAUUCCCGCACAGCAGACGGUUCGGACACUUUCCGCCCCACCAUCAUUAUAGGUGAAGAACUGCCCUUCAAACACGUGGUAGUGCACAACUCUUUGCCGUACACUCGAACGGAAUUGGUUGAAGUUUACAUUGGCAAACCCUACGUCACAGUACAGGACUCACGGGAUGGCCAAACGGUUCCAGCGCAGGUGUCCCCUGUAUGGGCUUGGCAUACUCGCCCUGAUGGCAGCAGCAGUCCUCAAGCGUCAACCACAAAAUUCCGUUUGUUAUUCAAAGUAACAGUUCCUCCACUUGGUCUCGUAGUUUAUACCGUAAAUUUCCGUUCGCGAAAGCAGGACUGCGACGGUGUGUCGUUUGCCAAAACUACCAUUCUCUCACGAACACCAUUUACAGUUAAUCUUCGCGAAUAUCCUGAAGAAGCUGAGUUUGUAAAGCACAGAGAAACCUCGCUACAUAUUGGUGAAGGUCCUCGAGCGGGAUUUAACGCAAACGGCCUUUUAAAGUCGAUUUCUGUCGAUAACGAUAUGGUGCCAAUUCAUUUAGAUUUCCUGAAAUAUGGAAUGCGUUUCGAAUCCGGAAAAAGUGGUGCUUAUUUGUUUCACCCGGAUGGUCCUGCAACUGAAAUAAAACUGAACGAUCCAGUAGUGUUGAUUAUGAAGGGUCCACUGGAAGCUAGUAUCACAACGGGACUAUCAUUUGCAAACCAUCAAACCAUUUUAAGAGGCGACGCAAUCGAAAUACGCAACACCAUCGAUAUUGGUUCUCGAGAGAAUACCGAAAUUGUGAUGCGAAUAUCAACAAACAUUGCUAGUGGUGAAUAUUUUUACACUGAUCUCAACGGUAUGCAGAUUAUUAAACGCAAGAGAUUUGCUAAACUACCGAUUCAAGGCAAUUAUUAUCCGGUUCCCAGCGCAAUGUAUAUCCAAGAUGAAAGUUUACGGUUAACGAUUUUGAGCGGUCAGCCUCUCGGAGGAUCAUCUUUGAAAUCUGGUCAGAUGGAAAUCAUGCAAGAUCGACGACUAACGCAGGACGAUGACCGUGGGUUAGGUGAGGGUGUGCUGGACAAUCGUCCAGUGCUGCAUUUAUUCCGAUUAGUUUUGGAAAGUCGUGAAUCUUGCACUAAGCUAGAUCCCGGUUACCCUGCUGGAUUUUUGACGGCUAAUACCCAUCGUGAGCUAAAUACUUUGCUGCAUCCCAUGGAAAAGCUUAUUUUCAAUGAAAACCAAUGGACAGGAUUGCUGCCCGCUUUCGGUGCAAACCACGAAGCUCUGGAACGGGACAUGGAAGUAGUAGCCAUGCGUAAUCUCCCGCACAUCACAAGCGGUAGAGAAAAAAAGACGGCCCUUGGAUUGGUAGUACACAGGACAAACUUUGAAGACUGUGGUUCGGAGGCAACAACGGAAGGAAAUCUGAACAUUAAAAAACUUUUGAACAUAGGCAUGGACAAUGAGCACGGUAUCUACAGUUCUCCGUUGACUCUAUUACGAAAGCAGGAGCUGGUGUCAUCUGACGACAUCAGUUUGUGUCCGAUGGACGCAAAAGCAUUCAUCAUUCACCGAUGAAUUGGAAUACUUUUCUAACGGUAGCGUUUUUGUUUACAUAUUUAUACAGCAGUAAUGAACCCGCCCUUCGGAUAAGUCUAUCAAGACUUGGUUAGCGCAAAGAACAAAAGAAAUCUGAUGAGAGCUGUCUGGAUGCCAAUGGCACGUUCGUAAAUUGAUUUUUCGUAAACUAUAAACAAACGUUUGCAAAAUAGGAUUGUUCGAUCUUCAGGCAAAAAUCUAUGCAGCUGGAUGGUUCCAGGUUCGAUCCACCGAAAAAUCGAAGCAAAAGGAUCGAUCUCCGCAAGAUCGAUCUUUUGAAUUUUUUUUAAGAGGAGUGCUGUCUGAGGGGGAGGGCUGUUUUAUGCUGAAGUAAAUAGUGAAAACGACAGCAAAGGUCAUACAUUUGAAUAUCAAAUGUAUGAGCAAUAAAAAAAAUACAUCGGUAGUAAAUUUUUAAUAGGGCGAAUGCGCCAAAUGUGAACAAAUGGAAAUGGAGUUAUCAGCUGGGCGAUAAUGUACGUUCAGAGCUCUACAUUUUGAAUGCACAACGUUAACUGAAGGAUAUUUGGUUUUCGAAAAACGGAGAAAACAAAAUGAAAUAUUUGCUGGGAGCUCACGGAGCUGUCAAACUUUGAAUUUCUCGAAACAGUGUUGUUGGCGCAUUCGCCGUAAUCAAAAUUCGAUACUGACAUGUUUUCGAAUUCAACAGAAAAAUAUUUUACUUUUCAUGACUUUGUUUGAGUUUUUAUGACAUAUAAAAAAAAGGAAAAAUAUUUGCAUUACACCAUAAGACAUACUAACAAGCCCGCUUAUGGGCUGGAAAGGAAUAAGUGUAAAUAUUGUAUUUAGUAUGAAUGAUUAAGCAAUUUACCAUUUUAAAUUAGUUCACUUGAUGAAAUGCUAAUUUUGAAAAAUCUAAGCUAAUUAUGAAAAGACGCAAUAUUGAAAUAUUAAUCUGAGGAUGAUGAUACAUCAAACGUAUAUGUAAAUUAAACGCUUCAUUUUUCUAAAAAUAAAAUUUUCUAGUGUGGUCUUAUUCAAAACUCAAAAGCUGAACAGCCUUCUACCGAGCUUCAGCUAUAAAACUUGAAGGUUUCAAUAAGAACCUAUAUAAUCCUUGACCUGAGUAAAUGCUACAGAUGUUUAAUACAUAGUUGAGUGUUAUUUCUAUGGAUUCGAUAGAAGCUAUAGAGCGAUAUUCGAUAAAAGUUCAGGUUUUUCCACAAGACUAAAAGACGAAUAUAAAGUAAACAUUCCGGAAUUAUUUUCGCAAAAACCGGGCAAUAUCGAAACUAUUGAGAAACACGUCUUUACGUUUUCGAUGAUCGUUUAUUACAGGACAACUUAUGAUACUAGGCUGGUUGCUUUUAUACCCUAGUCGUUGUUAUUUAGUAUUGCCAUAGCAACCACAACGUCUAGGAUACUUAUAUACUACGUACAUAGCAACGUGAGUUGCUAUGCUCCUUAUAUACAAAUAGCUGUAAAUCGCUGACUGCUAUGAUUUCCAACACCCCCUCUCAGAUAUUUGAAUCUUAUAGCCUUGAAGCUACAACCAACGAUUGUUAACUUCACUAGAUAAACCGCCUGCAUCUGGAUGACUGUCGGAUUACAGUCGCACCCCCUCUGAACACCUCAUGUGCUCCGUCUGGCUGGGCAUCCAAUUUUUAAAGGACGUUUCUUUGACCGUUCAACAACUGUCCAAGUCUGAUGAUUCUGCAACGUCAUUUGCUCGCCCUGGAUCGCUUGCCGCCUUUCAACCUCGGUUGGAUGACCAUCGACAUCGGUACAACGUUCAGGAACCUGUUUGGGAUUAACAACAGCAGAAAGAGCUCUAUGUGGAAGAAAAUCAGAAAACCAACCUGGUCUCCUGCACUCCCGACCACUGGACCUGGGAACUACUAAGUUAGGUUUGUACCUUUUUGUGGUGGGAGUGCGGUUGCGCCUUCCUCGUUGCUGUCGUCUUCUUCUUCAUCUUCUCCAGCAGUGCUACUGCCGCUGGAUCCUCGAUUAUCCUCUUCUGCUUCUUCUUUUGCGAUCUCAGGUCCCCCCUCUUGCUCGGGAAACGGUGGUAUUAUCUCCGGAAUAACCAAUCUCUCGUCCACAUUUGGGGCCUUGCGUGAACGACUCAUCCGCCAAUAAAAGAGGUUGCCUUUCGCCUAAGCAACACCGAUAGUGCCGCCGUCCUUCCUCAGAAUUGCACGGUCAGGUUUGAACUCCACGUGCACACCCGCUUUUAGUAGUCUCGCCAACGACAGCACAUUGUACUUGAGCUGCUUGACGCACAGCACAUUGCCGAACGACAACUUGUACUGAUUUCUCCCAACGGCCGACACGCCUUUCACGGUACCUUCCUUCGUUGCUAUCAGCACCUCACCAACCUUUGCGCUGUCAAUGUGAAGUGGCUCACGCACGCUGCGAAUUUCGUUGAACAAGCAUUCGUCACGGGCCAUGUGGCAGCUCGCACCCGAAUCGAGAACCCACUCGAUUUCGUCUCGAUUGCUGAACACCUUCGCACCAGAAACAAGUGCAAACUCCUUGUGGAAUGAAGUUUUCCCCUGCGCUUCGUUCGCUCGGCUCGCCUCGGGACAAGCAUGCAUCUUAUGCCCGACCUUUCCACAAUUGUAGCAUUUUCCGGGAAAAUUCGCUGACCUCUUACGUCCUUUUCCAGAUUUGGCCGAAAACGCCACCUCGUCCGAAUCGUUGAACGCACCCGGUCCGAAUUCUCUUCCAGAACGCUUCCUCUCCUCUGCUAAAAGGCGUGCUUUUACAGUAUCAAGCCUUAUUUGUUGAUCGUCCAAAUUUUCCAUCACCGUGGUUACGACGUCGUAGCUGGGUGGCAACGAUAUGAAAAGCUGACUCACCAUGUCAAGCUCAGUCACCGUGGCACCGGCAUCCUUCAGCUGUCUCACCAGCUCAUCGAACCGACGAAAAUGAUCCGCCAGCAACGUCCCUUCUUCCAUCUGCAGCAUAGCCAAGGACCGCCGAAUAUACGUCUGGGAGGCAAAACCUUUUUUAGCGAAGGUACUUGCCAACGACGUCCACAUUUCUUUGGCCGUCUCCUUGUCGCGCACGUACUCUAAAUGGCUAUCCGCAAUAAACGCCACCAGGAGUGCUUUCCCCAAGUAACCAUAAGCACUAAAGCUUUGCAUUUUUAUAGCUUUACUCCAGCAUUCAAGUGCUAAAUUACACUAUAUCAGCAUACCAAGUGCAAUUUUGCAUUACAACAGCCCUUCGAGAAAUUCAUCAUAGCUCUAAAACAGAAUAACAAAUGCUAUAUUUUCUAAGCAUUAAAUUCGCAUCAAACAAGCUUGCUUAAAUACUUUUUUGCACUAUUUGAGCACUACACUGGCAUUAGGCCAAAGCACAUUAGCAUUGAUUGAUGCUGAAUCAAUGCAAAUUUAGGGCACCGGUUGCAAGAAAUUUGAUUCAAAUAGGACUUUAAUUUCAAAGAUUUAACGCGGACCUGAUAGGUCCACAAGCAGAGUUACUGAAAAAUGUCCGAUCCAUAUGGAUGUCAUGAGUUCGAUUCCAGGUCAUCUUCACCCGAAAAAUAAAAAAUAAAAAUAUUGAAAAUUCAAACCGAGAGAUCCCCUUAAUAUGCAUCAGCGAAUAUCAAAAUAAGUCAAAUUCAUUAUCAUGGCAGAAAAAAUGGAGCCAAACAAAAAUCGUUUUUUUUACCCGCAUGGUUGUACCUCAUUUGAACGCCAUUUGCAUUUUCCCAGCAUUUUGCCCGCCAACGCUAUAGCAUCAAUUCAGCAUAGCACAGUGCUUUUAUAGGGUUAUACCAGUUUCUGCACUAAAGCCGCAGUUAAUUUCGCCAAACCUGGCUCACAGGGCUAAUAUGAUGCACAGAAUCAAGCUCUAUAGCUGAUGUUAGAGCAGAGUUGGUGCUAGUUUUUAGUGCUUAUGGUUACUUGGGUCGCCUUCUCGUCCCUCUCGAAAAACGCUGCAUUCGCUGCCGCUUCUCUGGGGGAUCCGCCGUGAUGGUGUCCUUCACUCCAUGCGCCGAAAGUUGAGUCUCCACUCGAAACCUCCACGUGUCGUAGUUGUCGCCAGCGAACUGCACGAUGCCAACUUUCUUCGGACUGCUCAUCUUGAACCGGAAACUUUUCACAGACUUCGAGAACUUUAACUUUACUGCACUCUUAGGUAUGGCGUGACUGAGCCCAUAACCUAUUGAGAAACACGUCUUUACGUUUUCGAUGAUCGUUUAUUACAGGACAACUUAUGAUACUAGGCUGGUUGCUUUUAUACCCUAGUCGUUGUUAUUUAGUAUUGCCAUAGCAACCACAACGUCUAGGAUACUUAUAUACUACGUACAUAGCAACGUGAGUUGCUAUGCUCCUUAUAUACAAAUAGCUGUAAAUCGCUGACUGCUAUGAUUUCCAACAGAAACAAAUCAGAAAAAAUGCCAGAGAAGAGUCCAAAAAAUGUAAGGGAAAUGUGAAGAAAAAGGAUUUGAUAUUAAUUUUUAUUUGUCGAAAGCAUCAGCAUUGUUCAAUUCGUGUUUUGAGCGGAUCAUAGACUACACAAAUGGCUUGUGCAAAUUCGAUGAUUCCACGACGAUUGUUUGAUUCUAUGCUUGCCCACACACGAUAUAAACAUAUUUAACCGAUUUAAUAGAUUUUUCCAGGGCUCAAGAAUCGAUCGGAAAUUUCAGUUGAAAAGAAAGACCAAUCCUAAUGCAAAAGCAUUGGAAAGUGAUUCGACAUCCCCAAAAAAAUCAAUUUACGAACGCGCCGUUAUUUUAUGUUAAGGGUCCUAUUUUAUUAUUUAGUAUGUUUUCAACACAAAAUAUUACCCAGUCUUACCUGACAAACCUUACUUAAUUUUGAUAGUUUCCAUUUCAACUCACUCAAAUUGAGGUGUUAAAAAAUAUAAUUAAGAAGCGGUCGUAAAUGUGUUACUAGUGUCAAAAUUUCUACCACUUUUUCCCAACACGAGUGAACUUGCUCUAAAACUUUAUCCCUUUUAUCCAGAUAAAGCCCGGUUUACAGUUCUUGUGAACUCGGACGAGAACGUGAAAAAAUAUUCUGCAGUGACAUGUCAAAUCGGUCGAAUCUUCAAAAUUAGCAACAAGAUUGUUUAAUGCCAGAUAGAAAUUAGUUCCGAUCAUAAAGUAAGUACUUUAUGUAUUUUAAGUACUCUUAAAAGUAUUUAUCGAUCAAAGAGUGACGAGCUUUAGCGAUUUGUUUCAUAUGAUUACUUUUAGUAAAAAGCCAAUGUUUUUCAAAAUAACUUUUAUUAAAAUGAAACAAUCGAAAAGUUUUUAUGAAAUUUGAAUGGAUCGGUUCACUUGUGUUCAUCAAUUUUGUUGCUUUUCAGUUCUUUUUAAAACAUUAUUUGUGAAAAAUUCCAUGAUUUUUUUAAUUAUUUCCAUAUCUUUUCUGAAGCACCCAUUUAAACAGAGCGGAUUCUUUGUUUUCUAUUUCAAUGGACUCUAGUCAUUCGCAUGGUUUACAUUUAUUCGCUGAGAAACUCUUCGAACAGGUACAAUUAAAUGAUGCCCAAGUAGGGUUUAAAAUAAAAUAAAAACUAUCGUAUGCGUUUCAUUU